AUGGAUCCUUCGGUGCAUCUCCGAGCAGCGGCUUCAGCGACUGCCGCUGCGCAAUCGUUCGAAAAUGCAGGAGCGCAGAGAAACCCUUCGCGUGUAUGGGAGGCUUGGGAGGUUUCAGGAAAACAGAGGCUAAAGGCUUGCAGCGCAAGCAGCAGCAGCGGCAGUCUCCUGAAAGAAGACAUUCUGAGCAGCAGCGUGACGCCUCCCCAGUUUGUUACGGUUGCCUCUUUUUCCUCUGAGCCCCCUCCUAAGGGAAAGCUGCCUCCCCCUCCUAAGGGAAAGCUGCCUUCCCCCCCUAAGCCUCCUGCUGCUGCAGCAAAACCUCCAGCUGCUGCAGCAAAACCUCCUGCUGCUGCAGGUUCUCCCCCUCCUGCUGCAGCAAAACCUCCUGCUGCUGCAGCAAAACCUCCUGCUGCUGCAGCAAAACCUCCUGCUGCAGGUUCUCCUCCUGCAGGUUCUCCCCCUCCUGUUGUAGCAAAGCCUCCUGUUGAUGCAGCAAAACCUCCUCCUGCAGGUUCUCCCCCUCCUGCUGUUGCAGCAAAACCUCCUGCUGUUGCAGCGAAACCUCCUGCUGUUGCAGCAAAACCUCCUGCUGCUGCAGCAAAACCUCCUGCUGCAGGUUCUCCUCCUGCAGGUUCUCCCCCUCCUGUUGUAGCAAAACCUCCUGUUGAUGCAGCAAAACCUCCUCCUGCAGGUUCUCCCCCUCCUGCUGUUGCAGCAAAACCUCCUGCUGUUGCAGCAAAACCUCCUGCUGUUGCAGCAAAACCUCCUGCUGCUGCAGCAAAACCUCCAGCUGCUGCAGCAAAGCCUCCAGCUGUUGCAGCUAAACCUCCAGCUGUUGCAGCAAAGCCUCCUGUUGAUGCAGCAAAACCUCCUGUCGAUGCAGCAAAACCUCCAGCUGUUACAGCAAAACCUCCUCCUGCAGGUUCUCCCCCUCCUGCUUCAGCGAAACCUCCUGCUGUUGCAGCAAAACCUCCUGCUGUUGUUGCAGCAAAGCCUCCUGCUGCAGGUUCUCCUCCUCCUGCUGCAGCAAAACCUCCUGGUGUUGCAGCAAAAUCUCCAGCUGUUGCCGGAGCAAAGCCUCCUGCUGCAGGUUCUCCUCCUGCUGCAGCAAAAUCUCCUGCUGCUGCUGCAGCAAAAUCUCCUGCUGCUGUUGCAGCAAAACCUCCUGCUGUUGCUGGAGCAAAGCCUCCUGCUGCAGGUUCUCCUCCUGCUGCAGCAAAAUCUCCUGCCGCUGUUGCAGCACUGUCUGCUCCUUCUGCCGGAGUUCAAGCUUCAAGUACGCAGGCUGCAGCUCCUGGAAGUGCUGCCGCCCCUGCAGGGGAGUCUACAGACAAGGCCGCCUCCCGGAUGGCGUCGCGCCUCAGUGAGCUUGUUGAAAGCCUUGGAAGUAGUGUUGCUGUUGUUGUUGCUUUUUGCGCGUCUGUCAACUGUGAAGGGCUCGAUAGCGGUAUUGCGGUGCACUCAAUAGAGCCGCCUCCCCUUCCCAUUCAGCAGGGAGGUGAUAGAAAUCCUUCUCUCCUCACCAGUGAGCUCAGGCGCGAAAUGGCUCAGCGUGUUUAUGAGGGAACUCAAACAGCUGAUGAGCGUCGUCUCAUGCUGGAAGGCAUUUAUGGAAGGGAGCCGCGAAGCCUCACAGCCAAGGCAGCCACCGAAGCGCAGGAGCUCAUGGAUGCAAUGAACCUGUUGCAGCGUCUUUCAGACUUUGCUGCCUUAGUGCAUGUCACGGAGGUUCAAGCGAUUCGCAUGCAGCUCAGGGUGUCUGCUGUGCAUGCAUUUCAAGAGGCGCGUUACUCGGACGCUGCUCUCCAGGCACUGUAUUCUUACCUACUCGCCAAAAAGUAUUACAUCAUCCGUGGGAAGGAGCCACUUCAGGGCGAAAUGGUUCCGGAGCUGCUUGUGCUGGCCAAGUGCUGCGGCGUAGUUGGAUCAGUAGGAGAGGGUCGUGUGUACUUAGACGAGCUGCGGCUUCUUGUCGAGAACUCCCUCAAAGCAAGAGAGGGGCAGCUGCAAGGGAAAGCCUCCGCAGGAAAGGCAGCAGCAGCAUCACCCGGUCCUUGCAUAUCCUGCGAGCCGCAUGUCUUGGCAUCGAUCGUGUGCUCCGUAGCGGAGUUAUGCGCGCUUUAUCGCCUUCCGGAGCUAGCCACCAUCUAUUUUCAGCACUACGUUGGCUUGUCUCGGCUAAUUUACGCAAACGAUCCCCUCGCGGUGUCUGAUGCGCUUAGCCUGGCUGCCUUGCAUCUCUUCCGCUCUCGGAGCUUCGCUGAGUGCGUGCCAAUUCUGCAGGAAGUUCUCUCAUUGAGGAUCAAAGAGCUCGGAGAUUAUGAUGCGCCUACUCCUCACCCCAGAGUUGCUGAUGUCUACGCGAACUUAGGCCUGGUCUUCCGCCUGCUGGGGAGGCCUGCUGAUGCGUUUCCGAAUCUAAUCAUUGCUCUAGACAUGCGCAUGCGGAUCCAUCAAAUUCGAGACUGCGAACCCGUCCAGGAUCUGGUGCUGGCACUCGGAUGCGUUCAGCACCAGGGCGGCCGUCUGCGGGAGGCUCUUGACGCGUAUCGAGAAGUAUUUGCCUUCCGCAGCAAGGCUUUUGGCGUGAAGCACCCUGACACUGUGACGGUUCGCCAGCUGCUAACCCUGCUGGAGGCGGAUCUCAACAAAGCCGUGGAUCGAAAAGACGCCAAGCUGCUAGAAGAGGGCAAGGGCUUGUUCCCUCUAUGGGAUGCAGAGGCAACAAGACGGCGAGAGCUGCGAGAAAUGAGGGAACUCCCAGCGGCCUUUCGACACGAGUUCGCUCCCUCCCUGGAAGCCUUCAAGCGAAAGCAGUCUGGCAAGGGCUUCAUUUACAACAAGAAUGUAGGGCCCUUUCGGUCUGUCGCUCGCACGCGUGCGCUGUAUGGCGACGAGUGGCGAACUCUGAUGGUUCCUUCUUGCGCGAUUUUGCCGUAUCUGUCCGUUGAAAUAUCAGGACCCGAUACACUGGAGUUGGCUGCGGCGUAUGAGUUUCAAGACUCGAUAUCGCUAGACAGACCAAAGCUACCCAUUGCAAACGUUCCUGCCAUGCAGCAUGGCGUGGUGCGUCUGGUUGAUGGGCAGCCGCAGAUGCAGCUCAACCCGGAAGUUGGCGAGCUGCUGGCUAGCUGGGGUCUGGAAGCGCCUGUCGUGACACCCGAUGGCGACGUGGUGUCUACGGAGAAGCGUCUGCAGUCCGGCGUCAGCGUAUUCAUUCCACUAGUAGACGAGAAAACGGGAGAUCCCAUCAUUGGCUUUCACGGCAAGCCCCUAAUGGUGCCAAAUCCUGCAGUUUUUCAUGGAGUAGUUCUUCCCGAACUCAUCAAGCGCGAGACGGAGAAGGGCAAGGCUCCCCGUAUCCACCCGUCGCUAGCAAAAGAGCUUCGAACGUGGAGUUUGUGCGCUGCAUGGAGGCUUGCUUCACCUUGCGCGGCUGAUGGGGAUACCCUCUGGCUCAAAGUGAAGACACAACGCACCACGAUCAGAGAGGAGCACGUAGAUUCAGAAGAAUUUUUGUGGGGGUGUCUGUGUGCAGUAGGCGUUGGAGGCAACGUCAAGGGGCCUCCCCCCCCAGGCAGUGCAAAGCCGACGGUGAAGAUUCAGAUCGUCGCUAAACCUAGUGCUGCGCUGCCUGCUGAACCCUCGUCCAGCAGCAGCAGCAGCAGCAAAGAUCGCGUUGUUGUUCGCUCUACAGCCAGCAAAGACACGGAGAUGCAGGACGAAAAGCGCAGAGAAGAGGAAAAGCCUCAGCAGAAGCCUCCUUCGCACAUGCAAGACGACACAGCUAACACCUCCCCCCCCGAACUCUCCCGACGGUAUUUCGCCUCUUCCGGAAGCCUCCCCAAGGCUAUUUGCUAUUCUGCCGCGCAUCUUAGGCCGCGCACGUCUGUACUUGCUGCUGCUGCUGCUGCUGCUGCGCCGACUGACCAAUUUGUUCCUUCGGAGGAAGCGGCGGCAGGUACAGUGGUGAUGCCCUUAGGGACGGCAGGUUCCGCCAGAAAAACGCUGCCACAGAAAAGAGAACUACGCGUCGACAAACCUCCAGAGGCAUCUGCAGCAGCAAGAGGGGCUGCUGCAUUGCCACUGCGAGGCGCUACCCGGCCUGUGGACGCUGCCGACUUCCGAGAAAUGCUGCUACAGAAGCAGCAGGAGCAGCUCCUUCUGACGCUGAAUGACACCCAGUCAACACCUCGUGCCUUGCUGCGCCAGGAGCAGCAAAAGCAGCAGCAAAAGCAAAAGCAGGAGGAGCAAAAUCAACACUCGGGCUCCCCUGCGCGGAUGAGAAAACAGCUGGCCUUGCCUGCAGUAGGGGAGCUGUUAGGGCUAGUCAAGCAGCUUCAACAGCGGAAGCCUCUCGGUGGGAAUGAUGGGAACAGUCAUGAUAGUACUCCUGGUAAUAGCAGGAGUAGCAGCAGGAGCAGCAGCAGCAGCUCCGAAGCCAGCACCUUCUUCGCUAGUGACCAGCAACAGCAACAGCAACAGCAAUAGCAACAGCAACAUAGUAGCAGCAGUAGUAGCAGCAACAGCAGCAGCAACAGCAGCAGCACCUCCUGCAUUAGCACGGCUAGGACUGGCAGCAGCAUGGAAGUCACGCCUGCCUUGGACGCGCGUCAACAUACGUUUGAUGAGCAGCAGCUACUGCGGCGAUGGCAGCAGCAGCAGCAGCAGCAGCAGCAGCAGCAGCAGAAGCGAAAGGGCACGCAACGCAAGACUCCCAGGUGUGGCGUCUCCAGAUGCAACGACAGCAGCACCAGACGAAGAGGACCCCUAGCGACCCUUAGGCCGAGUCGAAGCAACAGCAGCAACAGCAGCGAUAGCAGCAAUAGCAGCGAUAGCAGCUACAGCAGUGACUUCACCAUCAGCAGCGCAUCCAGCGCAGAAGAGGGGCCUGAGGUGUCUCUCCGCAAGGCGCCCACUACUGGCAGCGGUGCUUCUCGGGGAGGAGGAGGCUUUCCCUUGGUAUCGUUUCCAGGGGAGCGGGCUCAACGCACACCAGGGGAACAGUUCACGAUACAGACAAAGUGUGGGGAACCCCUCGUGGCAGAAGCGGCAGCAGCUCCCUCCUUAGGAGCUUUUCUGGACGCAGACAUCGCCAGCGAAGUCGAAGGUGCAGAGGCUGAACUUCGCGCGCCUGAAGAGCCAGAAGAAAGACGCACAGCAGUCGUUGAGAUUGCGGAGGCAGCAAAAGAUCACAGCAGCAGCGGCAAGGAAAGCGGAGUGGCUGCCUAUGGCGAGUUGCGGCAGCUAGGUUCCAUGAUUGUGGAGCACCUUUCCGAAGGCGAGAAUUCGUACCGCGAAGCGGGAGCAGAGACGGACCAGGGGGGGGGCCUCUCUUCAGCCGAGUCGAUUGAGGUUGAGCUUAGUGACAUGCAGCCUCGGGAUGGAAGCGACGUGCUCCUCGGAGAGGUUCCUGCUCCAGAAGUUCUCUCCGUAGCAGGCCGAUUUUCGCCUGUUCCUCGCCUAGCGGCUGCAGGGGACGCCUGCGAGAAGACUGCUGCUAAAGGCGGUGCAGCGCCUUCUCGCAGUCGGGAAAGGCAGCGAAAAGCUUCCGACGCCCCUCCUUUGAAAGGCACUCCUCAGCGGCGCCUGCUACACCUCUACAGCCGUCGGAAACAAAGACCACGUGAAUGGCACUCUCAGCGAUCUGCCACUCCCACCUGCUCGGAAGGGCAGGAAGAACAAUUGAUCCUUUUAGCCUGCGAGGAAAGCUCCUGGAGGCGCUUUAGAGCAGGCUUCCUUCCACGGAGUUCCCCCGCGCAUCCAGCGAGGAUGCACGAUUCUAAUGCACCCAUGCAACUGAGGAAGCCAAUUGGGCUGCCGGUGAAGUGUCAAGACGAAAAAACGGCCAGGCAUGCAGCUAAAGAGGCAUGCACUCGUUCAGGGGAGAGGGAGGCACAUACUGUGUCUGCCCGUAGUCUAGUACACGCUAAAGAGAUAGCUAAAGGUAUCCCUGUACGAAGAGUUCCUUGCCCCGCUGCCUGCCUUCAGUCCGCAUGUGCCUGGAUUGCUUGCGGCGAGAGAGCACCAAACAACUCGCAGGCGCGAAUCCCGCAUUCCGCUGCACUUUGUACAAAAUUCAGAGCACUGGCUCGCAAAGUCUGCAGUCUUGAAAAAGAUGCCACUAACCACCCGUACAGGGAGCAGCCAGUCCCACCAAUCCACCGCUAA